AUUUUAGUGUAAGUCAGUGCUUGAGAUAUGCAGUCGUACAAACCAUAGCCAGAACGUAAAGACUUAAAACACGCUACUUCUAAGAUGGUCUCUAUAGUGUACUUAAUAUUCUUCACUGCUGCUCUAGUGACAGCGGAAUCAAAAUCAAAAGCUGCUCGUUUUAAGCGUUCUACUGAUAGAACAAAGAAUGACGAUGAAAGUAUUGCCAGGCUAACAUCUCAAGUUUACUACCUGGGAUACAGGUUGGAAGAAUUUACUACUUUCCAACAAAAGGUCAGAAAAUUGGAAGACGUAAAUAAUUUUCAUAGCCAAAAGAUAUCUGAAAUCAUAAACCAUAUUAGCGAUCUGACGUCGUCUUUGGCAAAAGAGAAGGAAAGGAGAGAUAAAGAACAUACAAAGCCAUCAUCUGACUACAUAAAUAUGAACGAAUCUACUCACGAGAAAAUAGAAGAAAAUUUGACGUCUUCAUUGCACAAUAUCGCUGGUGAAAUAAGAGAACGAAUUCUGCGCUUUGAAGAAUCUUUGAAAAUAAUGAAAGGAAAUAUUCAAGCAUUGAAAGAAAAUAGUUUAAGUAACUUCACUAAAAUGUUUAAGGAUGUCGCAAGAAGCAGACAAGUAACUGAUGAUAUGAAAGUACGUUUAGAUACUACAGAAAAUGUACAAACUGCCAUUAAAGACGACUUACGAUCAGUCUCUGAAAAAGUAAACUUACAAGAACAAAAUUUUAACAAACAUAAGACCCACUUGAAAAAAGACUUGGAAGAAAUUCAUGAUAAUAUUACCGAAGAACUAUCUUAUACAAAAACAAGAAUGAAUCUCAUAAGUGAUAAUUUAAGUUCUGUUAACAAUAAAACCAGUAUAUUGCAAGAUCAGUAUAACGAAUUCCGUGAAGAACUUUAUCAGUAUCGUCAAUAUAUGGAGGAAAACUUUAAGGAUGCGCAGACGACAACCAAUUCCUCACCUUCAGAUAACGAAAAAAUAAGCCUAGAAUCAAUUAAAAGAGCAUUUGAAAAGUAUGGCGUGAACCCAAUUAGCAACAAGACGAUGAACUAUCGAGAUAACUAGGAAAAGAAGAGUCAAUGAUGAUAAUGGGUUGCAGAAAAGAAGGUGGAUCUACAUGCAACAAUUAUAUACUACGACAUUCAUGCUUUAACGAAAUAUACAUAGAGUUGUACGUGAAGAAUGUGCCCUAGUAAUCAUAUUUAAUGUAAAUAAUAACGUGCUCUUCAAGAAAUUAACCCCCUUAAUUAACGUCGAGGUCAGGAAAAUGUAAUCUUAAAAACACGUUAUUUCUAAAAUAAUCUCUAUAUUUUAGUUAUGUGGUGGUAUAUAUAGGUGUGUUAUUACACACAAAUCAUUUUUUUCAUUGUUUAGUAUUUGUGACAUAUGAUAAUGAGCCAGAUUCAAUAAUAUGUUACACAAGUUUCACGAAAUCGUUAUUUUAUAUCUUUCAAGCUAUAAAUCAUGUAUACAGACUUAAAAAGCUUACUAUUUAUAUUUUAAUGUUUAAAGCAGUAAAAGAAAAGGCUACAUCAGUCUCAGACUGAAGUAACUGAACACGGUUUCUUUCGCUCUAAAGGAUUCCCUAAAAUCACAUGAGCCGAUAAUCCGAAAAUGUGCUAAUCAACAUGGAACUAUCACAGUUUAAUGCGCGUUCCAUGAACGUGUAUUGUUCAGUGUUCGACAAAUAGACCCUUUUCUGACAGCCGACACAUAAAUAUUCAUAAAUUACGCGUGGUGGGUUGACUGCAAGUAUUCUGUUUUAAAAUGAUUUUUUGAAUUUAUUUUAAGUUGAAACAAGAGUCCCGAAACAUCGUUCAUAAUAUAUGGGGGUGUCCCAAAAUUAUCCCUCCCAUUUUGGACGUAAAUAAAAGAUUAACAAACAAACAUACAAAAUGUAGUUUGAAACAUCUUUUAGCCCAGCUCCAAGAGUUUUUAUUGACUCUACUUAUUCCUUCCAUUCUGAAAUCACAGGUCAGAAUAACCGACGCCAUCGCCAGUGUGACUGUGGACAAGUGGCAGAGUUUUUAUUGACACUACUUAUUUCUUCCAUUCUGAAAUCACACAUCAGAUUAACGGACGCCAUCGCCAGUGUGACUGUAGACAAGUGGCAGAGAACGUGGACCCGUCACUGAAUAUAGGUUAGACGAGCUGGCAACCACUAAUGGUACACAUGUCAAUAAAAACUCUUUGAUUUAGGCUACGAGCUAUUGCAAACUACGUCUUAUAAGUUUGUUAGUUAAUGUUUUAUUUACGUUCAAAAUAAGAAAGAUGAUUUUGGAACCAAUACUCUGCAUUAUUCAAAUGAAAGAUGUCCGAUAGUAAAGCUCUCCAAACUA